GAUUUUAUAUAUAGUCAUUGUGAAUAUGAGCGGAGAGUUGUGCUAGCUGCUAGCAACUGAACCAAAAGCAAACCACGGGCAAAAUCUAACUAGCUGGCUAGCUGACGAAGUGGCCGGCCGGAGCAACACACCAUGAGCUCCAUCUCCUUCCUGCUCUUGUUCCUGGCAGCUGCUGCUGUUGCCCCGCGAGCAUCGGCCUCGGCCACCGCAGGAAGUGGUGGGAUCUUGCAUGUCCCUUCCGCUGCCGAGCUGGCCCGCUGCCCGUCCCGAUGCGGACAAGUCGACAUCGUGUAUCCCUUCGGGAUAGGGCCGGGCUGCUUCCGGCAAGGCUUCGAGCUCACCUGCAGCCACAACCACAAGCUCUUUCUGGGCAACACCAACAUUACUAGUACUACUGCUCUGAUCCAGGAUCUAGGCUACAACUACGCUCAGGUCUCCGUCGACCUCAGCUUCGACAUGAGACCAGGCGUGGACACCUAUAAUGUGUCAUGGGAGACCCCUGUCAAGGGCCUUACUCUCGACGAAUCAACCUUUCUGUACGUCGUUGGCUGUGGCGUGGACGCCUACUUGUUCGAUCAUGGCACCGACGACAUCAUCGGUUCCUGCAUCACCGUUUGCUCGGACGAUAAGGAGACCAUGGAGAAGAUCGGCAUGACGGAUAACAACGUCAUGAGCUGCAACGGGGUGGCCUGCUGCAUCAUCAGUUUGAAAGAGAGGCAGCGAGCCCUUGCGAUCAGAAUUGGCCGCCUCCGUGAUGGCAUCAGUAGCACCUUACCUAAACCAGAUGAGCUCCCCUCUGGAGUGAAGCUUUUCCUGUCAGGCGAAAACUUUGCAGAAGGGGUAUAUUUCGACUUGGCUGUGAUGGACCAACCAAGUUGUGAAAGCGCUCGACUGAAAUCAUCGACAUAUGCAUGCAGCAAUAAUAGCAACUGCCAAGAUGGAUUACCUUUACCUGGAGGAGGCUACUGGUGUUCUUGCCAAUACAUAGGGAAUCCAUACAUCUCUGACGGCUGCACUGGAGGUUACGACCCCAAUCCAAAACGAAGAAAAUGCAAGAGAUCAUGUGGGAACACAAGAAUUCCCUUCCCGUUCGGGAUUGAACAAGGUUGCUACGCUCUUGAAAAGUUUCGACUUAACUGUACUAGAAACGUUACAAUUCUUGAUCGAGGGGUACAAUAUCUAGUAGCCAAUAUCUCGGUGAACGAAGGCUACCUGAGCAUAAAGAUGAGGGGCCUGGACAGCUUUAUGAGGGGCCUGGACAGCUCGGGAUCAUACGACGACAAUACAGAGGUUGAACUACAUUUUGAUGCAGAAGAGGGAAUUACGGAAGAAACUGACCACCCUCUGGAAGACCUCUUGGAUCUCAUCGAAGAAGACAAUAUGAAGAUGUGGUGGGCGGUCACCAACAUCACAUGUCCUGUGGCGAUGAACAAAGAGCUCAGUGACACAUAUGCCUGCCGCAGUGCCAACAGCGGCUGUCUUAAUGUCACCCGUGUGAAUAGCGCGAUGCAGCUUGGCUACCGUUGCAAGUGCUCUGAAGGUUACGAAGGAAAUCCAUACACACCAGACGGAUGCACAGAUAUCAACGAGUGCUUACUACCAAAUAUUUGCAAUGGUACAUGCCAAAAUUACCCUGGUGGGCAUAGUUGCAAAGGUUGCACUCAUGGAGAAGAGUUCAAUCCAAUGAAAGGGAAAUGUGUGACGUCAGCUAAGAGACGCAAUCUUAUUCUCGGUAUUGCAAUUGGAAUUGGUUGUGGUCUUGUAGCAACAAUUCUUGCAUUGGGGGCAAUUGCAACCGUGAACAAGUGGAAAAGAGGUCUACAAAAGAGAGUUCGAAAGGCACACUUCAAGAAAAACCAAGGCCUACUCUUGGAACAACUAAUCUUAGACGAAAGUGUCACGGAUAAAACAAAGAUAUUCUCUUUGGAGGAAUUAGACAAGGCAACCGAUAAUUUUGAUGUCACUCGUGUUCUUGGUUGCGGAGGACACGGCACGGUUUACAAAGGUAUCCUAUCUGAUCAACGUGUAGUUGCCAUUGAAAGGUCCAAAAUGGUGGAGCAAGUUGAGAUAGACCAGUUCAUCAACGAGGUUGCCAUCCUAACCCAAAUCAUCCAUCGCAAUGUGGUGAAGCUUUUUGGUUGUUGUCUCGAGGUAGAGGUUCCUUUGUUGGUCUAUGAAUUCAUCUCGAAUGGCACUUUAUAUGAUCUUCUUCACAGCGAUCUAAGUGUCAAAUGCUUGCUUUCAUGGGAUGAUCGCAUACGAAUUGCAUCGGAAGCUGCGAGUGCUCUUGCUUAUCUACAUUCGGCUGCCGCAAUACCAAUUUUUCAUAGAGACGUCAAGUCUUCCAAUGUACUCCUAGACGGAAACUUCACUACAAAGGUCUCUGAUUUUGGCGCUUCGAGAUCUCUAUCACUUGAUGAGACUCGUGUGGUGACAAUUGUACAAGGCACAUUUGGUUACUUGGACCCGGAAUACUACCACACUGGUGAACUAACCGAAAAGAGUGAUGUUUAUAGUUUUGGGGUAAUACUUGUGGAGCUCCUUACAAGAAAGAAGCCAAUUUUUAUUAACAGCCAAGAUAAAAAACAAAGUUUGUCUCAUUACUUUUUGGAGGGACUUGAGCAAGGAGUUAUCAUGGAAAUAAUAGAUCCCCAAGUCGUUGAGGAAGCAAACCAACAAGAAAUCGAUGAGAUUGCCUCAGUGGCAGAAGCAUGCUUGAGAACCAAAGGAGGGAAGAGACCUACCAUGAAAGAAGUAGAAGUGAGGUUGCAAAUCCUUAGAACUACAAGGUUAAGAAGGAGCCAAAUUGUCCCCAGGAAGGGUGGGGAGAUUGAGCCUGUUCUGUGCCCAGAUGCCAGUAGCUCCCAUGAACAGACCAAUUUUGUCAAGAAUGUUGAUUUAACACUUCCAUGCAUAUCUGGAAGGUACAGUUUGGAGCAAGAUUUCGCGAGUUUGCCACGUUAACCAUAUAUGCAAGGCUACUUGCUAUAUAUAUACGACGCAUUUUAGUCUGCCAUAUUUUCUUUGGAGAAUUGUGUUAUGUUGUUCCAUUUAGAGGAGAGUAUGUAACAUCGCUUCUUAUAUGUUCCCGCAUAUCUGUAAAGCUUUUUUACAGUAUAUUUGCAGAAUAUUUUGUGUGUUUACUUCUAUCAUCUAUGGUUAUGCCCUUGUGAUAACCUAAUUGCAGUAUGGUAUUUUC